AUGUCGACGCAUACUUACAAGAAAUUUGAGGAGUCCAACGCAGGCGGGUUGCCUGACAAAAUGACAGUGUACCAAGACUGUCUUAACGAGUUCAAUGAAUCUCCCGUCAGUCCUAAGAAGUGUCGGUUAUUGCUUUCGCGAUUGUUGAAGUUAUUAUCUCAUGGAGACACUUUCCCGCCCAAUGAGGCAACGGCGUUGUUCUUCUCUAUAUCUAAGUUGUUUCAACAUCCUAAUAAUUCUUUGAGACAGGUUGUAUAUUUAGCGAUUAAGGAAUUAUGCAUGAUUUCAGAGGAUGUUUUGAUGGCUACGUCAUCUAUUAUGAAGGAUGUUCAGAAUGGAUCAGAUUUGGUGAAGCCAAAUGCGAUCCGUUCGUUAACAAGGGUUCUUGAUGAGUCUACGGCUUUUUCAGCAGAGAGGUUAUUCAAAAGCGCUGUAGUGUCGAAGGAUCCUUCAAUUUCCUCAGCUGCUUUGGUUUCAUCAUAUCAUCUAUUGCCUAUUGCAGAGUCAACUGUGAGAAGGUAUGCAAAUGAAAUGCAAGAGACGGUAUCUGAUUUGAAAACUCAUCAGCAUACUGGCAGUUCUACCGAGUAUUAUCGAGGAUCGUCUUAUAUGUCGCAAUAUCAUGCUUUGGGGUUAUUGUGCAAGCUAAAAUCUCACGAUAAAGUAGCAAUGAUGAAAUUGGUUCAACAGUUUAGCUCUGGAAAUAUCUUACGUGAGCAAUUGGCCCAGAUUCAAUUAGUCAGACUAGUUCAUGAAUUGUUGGUAAUGGACAAUCAAUUAAUACCAGAAUUUGUACCAUUGCUAUCCAAUUGGGUAUCUAGUGGACGUCAAUCCGUUCAGCUUGAAACAUGCAAGUUGAUCUCAGCUUUAGCAAUCCACAUGCCAACUGAUCUAUUUGAUAGUAUGAUACGAACUUUACAAAUGAUGCUUGCGGUGCCUCAUGUAUCUUUCAGAUUUGCUGCGGUUAGAUUGUUGAAUAAAAUUUCCAUGUCAGCUCCUGAAAAGAUUGUCAUCUGUAACCCCGAGCUGGAAUCACUUAUCAAUGAUAGUAAUCGGAAUAUCUCCACAUAUGCAAUUACUACUUUGUUAAAGACUGGUACCUCAAAAAACAUCUCUUCCUUAAUUAAUACGAUUACUAAGUUUAUCCACGAUGUUUCAGAUGACUUUAAAGUUAUAAUUAUUGAUUGUAUUCGGACGUUGUCUUUGAAGUUCCCUGGAGAAUGGAAGAACCUAUUGUCGUUCUUGAUCGAUACUUUAAAAAGUGCUGAUGGUGGGUUUCAAUUUAAAAAUAGUAUUGCUGAGGCCUUAUUUGAUCUAAUUCAUUAUGUUCCAGAAUCAAAAGAACAGGCACUAGAGCAUUUGUGUGAUUUCAUUGAGGAUUGUGAGUUUAGUGAAAUCUUGGUUAGAAUUCUACAUCUAUUGGGUAAGGAGGGUCCAAACACUAGCAAACCAUCCUUAUUUGUGAGGCACAAUUAUAACAGGGUCGUACUAGAUAAUUCUAUCAUAAGAUCGGCUGCUGUGAGUGCUUUAUCAAAGUUUGCCUUGACAAAAGGUGAUCCAACAUUGGGUCCCUCUAUUGAGAUCCUGUUGAAAGGUAUCGAAAUUGACCACGAUGAUGAAGUGAGAGAUAGAGCCACGAUUGCAUUGAAGUUAAUUAACACCUCAAAAACGGAUCCUAUUGUCGCGGAAGAAUUUAUUAAACCAACAUAUGGCUAUGAUCUUUAUGCUCUGGAAAGUAAAUUGGCUCAAUACUUACAUGAAAAUCCAGAUGGAUUUACUAGUCCUUUCGAUGCAUCUACAAUUCCUAAAUAUACUGAAGACGAAAUAAAGGCCAUUGAAUUGAAAGAGAGGCAACAAAAGAUGCUCGCUGCUACAGAAGGCACUAGUGUUAAUAAUAGCUCCUUGGCUGGUGACAGUAGUGCCCCUAAAGCUACGCAGGAUUCCUUAAUAGAAACAUCUGAUGAUGAGACAUUGAGUUUGAAAUAUGCUGAACAGAUAAAUGCUAUAGAAGAAUUUUCAUCGUUUGGUACAAUUAUUAAUAGUUCAAAGCCUGUGUCUUUGACUGAACCAGAGGCAGAAUUUACCGUCUUUGGAGUCAAACAUUUGUUUGAGGAUCAUGUAGUAUUACAAUUUAACAUCACAAACACUUUGAAGGAUGUUGGCUUAGAAAAUGUGGUUGUUGUCUGCAACACUGAGGCUGACUCUAAUGAAAUAGAGGAGGAAUUUACUAUUCCUGUGGACAGGUUGUUACCUCAUGAAGUUGCUUCCUGCUAUGUCUCCUUUAAAAGGCCCAAUAAAACCGCAACAUACGGAUUCUUUAAUACCAUCAAUUUCACCACACUAGAAUUAGAUCCAGCUACUAAUGCACCUUUUGAAGGCGAUGAAGGCUUCCAGGAUGAAUACGAGAUUGACACAUUGUACUUACAGGCUGGUGACCAUAUUAAACCAUACUUUGUCGGAAAUUUCUCUGCAGUUUUGGACGAGUUACCUUAUGAGCAGGUCGCUGUUUAUAACCUCAAACAAUCUAAUUCUUCAUUACAAGACCUCGUUAAUAAGUUGGUGGUUUCCACUAACUGUCUGCCAUUGGAAAACUCUCAGUUUGUUUCUAGCGAGACUAAUUCACAUACACUAAAAUUGUUUGGUAAGAAAGUAUUCACUGAUGACCGCGUUGCUUUGGUUGUGGGGAUGAUUAAGAGCAAAAAGGGUACUGCAUUGAAGGUGCAAUGCAAAUGUGAUGAUGAGAGCUUCUGUGUAGAUCUUGCCAACGAAUUGAUUUUGUGA